GUUUCCACCCCUGGAGAAAAUCUAAAUAGAAGGCUCUGAAAAUGACGUUUUAUUGAUUGGUUACCCGAAUGGCGGAAAUUUUGUCUUAAGUCCAAUAAAGUUAUUUCAUGAAUACUCGUGAACAUGGCCGCUUUGCCGUCGCCGACGCAGGUGGCUGGGAGUCAGUAUGGCAUGUAUGAAGCUUAUUAUCGAAUUGUUGAUCCCAACAACACUGGUUCUAUAGCCCCUGGAGAAGCUGCAGGUUUCCUUAAAAAGUCUGGUCUUUCUGACAUAAUACUCAGUAAAAUAUGGGAUCUGUCAGAUCCAACAGGAAAAGGCUACCUAAACAAACAAGGCUUUUUUGUGGCAUUAAAAUUAGUAUCUAUAGCACAAGCAGGACGCCCUACUACCAUGGACAAUAUAGUUUAUGACCUACCCCCACCCAAGAUGGGUGACCUAAAGAUAAAACCAGUGACUAACAAUGUUCCACCACCAGUUCCACCUGUUACCAUUGCACCUGGUGAUUGGGCCAUGAAAGAUCCAGAGAGGAUGAAAUAUGAACAACUUUUUGAAUCCCUAGGACCUGUUGGUGGAAAAAUACUGGGGAAUAAAGUCAAAGGUGUACUAAUGGAAUCAAAGUUACCCUUGGACACACUGGGUAAAAUAUGGGAUCUUGCAGACAUGGACAAGGAUGGAAUGUUAGACCGCCAUGAGUUUGUUGUUGCAAUGCAUUUGGUUUAUAAAGCCCUGGAGAAACACAGCAUUCCUAACGUGCUGCCUCCAGAGCUUCUUCCUCCAGGCAAGAGAAAACCAGCAGGUGUUGCAGCUCCACCUGUACCACCAGCACCUGCAGCAGCUGCUGUUGCUCUUGCACACCAUGCUCCUCCACCUGUACCCCCUGCUCCCGCUCCUGCACCCGCACCAGCCCCUGCGCAUAUGGUCGGUGCCCCACCAGCAAUGCCAGCUGCUCCCUCCCCCGUGCCGUGGGUUGUGACUGCUGAGGAACGAUCGAAAUACAGCAUUCUUUUCCACAAGACGGACAUAGACAAGGAUGGAUAUGUGUCUGGUGCUGAGAUCAAGGAUGUUUUUCUUCAAUCUGGGGUGCCUCAAGAUGUUCUGGCAAAUAUCUGGGGCUUGUGUGACAGUCAUCAAACUGGAAAACUCAAUUUAGAGCAGUUUGCUUUAGCCAUGUGGCUCAUUACUAGGAAACUAAAGGGUAUAGAUCCUCCAGCGGCUCUUACCCCUGAAAUGGUGCCUCCUAGCAUAAGGUCUGGAAAAGACGUCAUAACAGAGGCUGUACCAGCAGCAACUCCAUACUCUAACCCGGAGUUGGAUAUGAUAUCACGAGACAUUGAAGAGCUGUCAAGAGAAAAAAGAUUGUUAGAGAAUGAAAUUGCUCAGAAAGAGGCAGAUAUAGCUUAUAAAAGUGGAGAGGUGAAAAGCUUACAGAGUGAGCUUGAUACAUUAUCAGCCACUUUACGUCAAUUGGAAAACCAAAAAGGAGAGGCCUCUAAGCGGCUAAAUGACUUGAAGGCUCAGACUGAGGCUAUAGAGAAAGAGAUAAUAGAGAAAGUGGAAGAGCUGGAGGAAGAGACUAUGAAGGUGGACAAGCUGAGAAUGCAGGCAGAUGAGCAAGAAGUGGUUUUGAAGGCCCAAGAAGAAGAACUGACAAGUAAGAAGCAAGAGCUUGAGAAUUUGAAACAAGAAGAAGCACGCCUUGCCCAGCAGCAAGAACAAUUCAAACAAAAAUUAGAAAGUCUCUCCAAAGGUCUUCAAGAUUCACAGCUUCACAUUAGUCAGGCCAAAGCAAAGAUCACUUUAUUGCAAGAGCAACAUCAUCAAAUGUCAGAUGCUAUCAGUCUGUAUGAUACUGCAAUCAACACAAGUGAUGCAUCUGGAGUACCCGACUGGUCACUGAGUAUUGAGCCUGAAUUCAGAAACCCAGACAUCAAGAAGCUAAUCAUGGUUAAUGGUUCAAGUCCUACAUCAGAUAAUCCUGAGGGUAUGACAAACGGAAAGGAUCCUUUCAGUAAGCACAAUGGUCCGGUUGAUAGCAAGAAGGAAAAGAAGAGCUUAUUUGACGAUGAUCCAUCCUUCAGACCUACCAAAGCACUAAAUGAUCCAUUUGGUGGAUCUAGUGAUCCCUUUGGAGGGUCAGCAUUUGGAGCGAAGGAUGGGUUUUCAUCGGAUCCUUUCAAUGCGUUUGGGUCAUCUAAUACAGGUAAAAGUGAUCCGUUUGGAACUGAUCCAUUUGGUGAUCGAGCUGGUGCCAAGUCACCUGCAGAUCCUGGUAAGGAUGCUUUUGGAUGCGACCCCUUUGCCAUCUUGCAUGCUCCCACUGCUGCCAGUGCAGGGGGACCACCACCUCGUCCUGAGAGCCCCAGUCCUGCUCUACCUCCAAAGAAAAGCAAACAGCCACCACCGCGCCCGGCACCACCUCGACCAGCUAUGGGCCCCCCUCGUCCUGCUCAACCUUCAACAGCACCUAGCCCAAGUCCUGAUCCGAGAAACAUUGCCGAUGAUGGAUUUGGAGCUGAUCCGUUCACUGGUAGCUCAGCUGGUGGAGGAUUUGCAGAUUUUGCAAAUUUUGAUAGCAAGUUUUCUGACACUCUAGACUCAAGCUCCGAUUUGUCUCGGGUGUCAACACCAUCACGCACAGCACCUUCCCCAGGCUCUGUCACCUCUACCUCAGCUUCCGAGUCUACUCACAGAUAUGCAGCUUUUGAGUUCACUGAGGAUCCAUUCAGAAACUAUCGUUACGAAGAUCCAUUCAAUAUUGUUGAUCCUUUUGAUGAGGAUGCCAAUGGUAAUGUAGGGUCUUCACCAGCAAACAAAUCUGGUUCAGUUGAUCCAUUUGGAUUUGCCUCUUCUCCCGUAACAUCAGGUAAAAUUUCUCAGCCAAUGAGAGAAGAACCUUUGUUUGGAGACGAUUUUGGAGAUUCGUUCCAGAACAAUAAGAAACAGAUGAACAAAAAUGUGGAUGAUUUGUCAAACAACAAUAUGAAAUCUUCCAAACCUGAUAUUCAUUCAAGAAGUUUUACUGAAAAGACAAGCAGUAAAGAGAAGAAACAUUUUUGGAAUAAGGACAACCAUCAACAUACAAAGUCAAAGGAUAAAGAACCUUCAUUUCUCUCUGGUAAAUUCUUCCGGAAGAAUGCAUCUCAGAAUGGGUCAGAUCCAUCAGUGGCUCCUGCUACUGCAGCAGCAUUUGAGGAUCAACAAUUAUCAUGGGCAGCUGCUGAGAGUAUGCGCAUGGAGGAAGAAAGACGCAGCCGCCAAGAACAAGAAAAUGCUGAUCUAGCUCUAGCGCUAGCACUCAGUAGGUUAGAUUCAGGAAAAUAGGAUAUAAAGCUCUCCAAGAAUAUCGAAAAAAAGAAACUAGUCAAAAAGUCCUGGUUCUGGCUUUGAUGUCUACCACCUGGUGCAGUUUAGAACUUUUGAACUGUUCCCAUUUGUUGAAGUUGUGUCCAUUGUGCUCAUAUUGGGUAUGUGCAAACAGUUCUCUUAAUUUGACUGAUAUCUUCUAUUGGUAUGCCGAAUAUACCCUCACAGUUUUAUCAACAGAGUUGUUGGGCAAUAUCUUAUUGUGACCACGACAUACCUGACUGAAUUCAAACUGACAGUAGGAAGUGGAGACUAUGGCAUAAUGCUUAAGUCUUGUGUGGGCACAAUUUUAUUUUCCCUUUUAGUAGCCCAAAUCAUAUAUAUUGUAAAGUCAAUAAAUUUUGAUAGCGAAUUAUAGUGCUUUGGAAUGAGAUUAAGAAAAAAUGUUCAUGUAGAGCAUACUGACCGGUGAAGUUCUGUAUCAUCCAUAAGCGCUUGCUUCAUGUUACCAAUACAGUUAUAUAAUUAUUUUUCAGUAUAGUUGAAGCUCAGUUUUUGUUUCCAAGUCUGCUACCUGUUCAUCCAACUUUGAUAGCUCUGGCCUCCAGCACAAACUUUUUAUCAGUACUCGUAUUGAAAUUUGUGCUGUGAUCAAUGGCAGAGUAAGUUUUAAUUAUUAUUAUUAUUUUUGUGAUUUUAAGUCGAUUGUUCUUUUAAAAGUGCUUUAAUCUAAAUCUUAUUUUUAUUCACUCAGCUCCUCGUAGUCCUUUCAAAUCAUUACUAUUUUGUCAGAAAACACAGUCAUUUGUGAUUUUAUUUUGUGGUUUGGUGCCAAUAUUUUUAGUUGUUUGGCUGAGUAACAAGUUAACAGUAUAUUUUAUGCUUCCGGGGCUUUCUAUUUGCAAUUUUGUUGUCCUUUGAAAUUUUCAGUUUGUCUCCUUUUUAGCAAGUCUUACUAGUGACUGACUUUAGGCAAAAUGAAAAGCAACAUUAAAAUAGGUGUGCAUUAUUGACUGAUAUGAUCUUCUCAUUAAAAUUUGUUCUUAAUGGAUAUUGAUUAUCAAAAUUCCUUUUUAAUUUCUUUUUCAAAAAAUUUCCUUCGGCUGCUUGUAAGAACCAGCAUACAGCAAGAGCUUGUAUAUCAUCUGUAUGUGGUCAAUUCGCCCAUGUCAGGGCAAUGAUUCAACGAUUAAAACCAUACCCUCCCCAAGGCAAAAAUGAAAAUUGUAUCUUUAUACUAAUUUAAUUAAAGCAAUAUCAUAAAUUUCUUAUUUAGUAGCCUCUUUUGCUCAAAUAUAAAGGAUUACAGUUCUAGUUCCUGUCGUUGUAUUCAUUGGCGCUCAAUGUACACUUCCAUCAAUUUUUAUUUGUGUUUUAGCCAUAAGUUUUUUCAUUUGAUUUUCACUUCCCUUCUAUAUUGGGCUUACAUUAGGCGUUCCACAGCUUGUGUAUGAGGCAGUUCGCAGUUUUGAGAAUUGUUGAGGAUGUGUUGAUCUCAUUGGCUGAAAUUCGAUUUUGGUGCACUUUUCCUGUAACAUUAUUGUAUCUUAUGUGACAGGUGACAUGAAUCUAGUCGCUCUUCAACUGUGAGUGCCCAUACUGUUAUUUAGGAUCUGUGAUUUUAACACAUCCUGUAUGAAAGUGUCUUGGUCAGUGAAAUAUUUUGAAGUCAAGUCAACGAUAAGAAAGACCAUUGUUCUUACCUGACAAUACUGUAGUUUCUCUCCUAGAAUGUCUCUGUUAAGCAACAUUUAUUUUGGCUCAUAUAAACCUAAUUGUAACUUAAGAAAAUGUGUAAAGACAUAGGGGAAGGUUCAGUGUCUACCGCAUUAACCAUUUAUUGAGUAAACUGUUCCUUCCCUAUUACUAUUCUUCGGAAGCAGACUAAAAUGUUAUUUAAUGUUGUGUUGAAGAUUUACAUCAAUCUUUAUCAUAUCACAGCAAGGUAGCUAAAUUAUGAAAGGGAGAAAACUGUCAAAGUCAAGUGUCUUUUCUUUUGAUCAUCUUUGUUAUAAAAUUUAGUAUAUAUACACCUUUAAGGUGUUCUCUCAAUUUGUGCAAUAAUGAACAUUACAGCAAAGAUUGUGAAGUGCUAUUAACUGCAUUUCUCUGUUUAAGAUAUUUGCUUCCUAAUUUCUAUUCUUUGUUAGGUAAGUCAAGGAAAAUGUAGUGCCAUGAGUAUUUUGUAUUUCAUCUCAUGAUGAUGAGUGAGCUUCAAAAAAAACUGCUGCAUGCAUUCAUAACUUUGCAUUUGCAUACUUGCUGUUGAAAGGGUGAUCAAAGUUUGCAAGCAUUUUCUUGUUGUGCUCUUUCGUACUGCUUGGUAUUUACAAAAUCAUAGAUAAAAGAGAAAAUGGCAUAUGCAGAAAUGUUUUGUUUUUCUAGUAGCAAUUGCUUGGAAAUAUAAUCAUUGAACACAGUUGGUUACGAUUCUUCAAUUUAAGAUGAGCAUUCGGACUAGCACCCCAGCUAUGCUUAGGUGUGAUUAACUGUCAAUACCAUCUAGUGGGCCCGAAUAGAACAAUUAUUCUUGUUAUGGUCAUAUAAUAGCCUUGUUAGUUUUGCAGGGUUCCAUUGUAAUGAAAAGUUAUUUGCACGAUUGUGAGUGUUCCAGCUUUUAGAAAUUUUUGAUUGAGUGGCAGGGACAUGAUGAAUGAUGGCAUGGUCAUUUUUUUAGAUGUAAGUUGUAGAAUGAAGUUGGGCUUACACCAGACAUAGCAGCUUUGAAAGAAAAAAAUGGUAAUCUAGUUUGUGGUAAGGGAAAGCAAGGUUAAGGAUGUGUAUUCAAAAUUUUCAUGUAAUUUGAAACCAAAAGGAAUACAUUUAAUUCUUUUAAAUUGAAGCUUGAAACACCACGUUUAUAGUAAGUGUAUUAUUAUUAUUAUUCACAUUAUUUCUGAUUAUUGCAGCCAAGGAGUUUUCUAACCUGUGAAAUAGGACUAGCAUUGUUAAAUUUUGGUUGUUAGUUAACUUCUUGGCUGUUAUAGUCAAAUUUUGCCAUAAGAGUAUGCUAUGUAUCAUAUUAAUUAAUCAUAUCAUUCUGAUAGGUUUGUUUGUAGCCUCUCACCAUGUGACAUGAGAUCUGUUUGAAUGUCUCAGUGGCUAAAAAGUGCAAAUUUCCUGCACUUCCAUUUUGUCAUAUGUUGGAAUUGAGUGUUCAUCGCAUAGAUGUUCCUCAGUUGUGAUAUUGUUGCCCUUCUUUUUAUUAUCUUUAAGAAAUGUUUCUGUAAGUAUUAGACAAAUUUUAACAUUCCAAUUACUGCCUUCUGCUGUUUUAUAUCCAAUUUAAUGGAUAUAUUUCCUUUUAAUUUUGUACUAGUAAUCUGAUUUUGAGAAAUCCCAGCUAUUUCGGUCACAGAGUCAACUAGUAACUAAUGCCUCUUCAUGUUAUUUAUUUUUAAAACAAAAUUUAGCUACUCAUUCACAAAUGUACCAAAAACUGAUGUUAUGUCCUAAUUAGGUGGCAGGUUGUAGUUUUGAAGUAAGUGCAAUAUAUUUUUCUUUUGCAAUUUGCCUCUGCAGUUGUACAUUUUCUUGCCAAGUUAUUGUUGAUUCAAAGUUUUGUGGCCUUUAUAACUCAAAUUGGUUGUAGAAACUAGCAUGUUGCAUUGCAACUGCUCUAAAAAAACACAAAAAACAAGCUCGCAUUUUAAAUUGAAGAAACUAAUGUGUGUGAAGCUGGUGUGCUGUCUCCCUGUUCCUUUACUUAUUAGUAUAUAUAUUUUUUUUGGAAUUGACCGAAGUAGAACUGUUAUGUAGAGUAUUAAUAUGUUGUAUGUGUGUCUAUGUAUAAAUACGAACUGUAAGUAAGAUUUAAUUAUUAAGUUGUUGCUGUUAUUGUGUAUAUAUAAAUAUAUAAUGAUCAAGCAUGCUUUUGUGAAGUAUUUGGAUAAAAUAAUUGAGUCAAAAAUAUCCAUUUUCUUGAAAUUUCAUCAUUCAUUUAUUGAAAAAUAAGUGUUCCAUUGUUAUUUUCUCCUCAAGUGAGACAGGAAAAGUAACUGUGCUGACUUGUAAAUAAAUAGUUGGUAAUUCACCAUUA